AUGGCCAUCAAGGGACAUCAGGGUCACCCAAGUCUGCGUAAGCGAGCGGCCGUCCAAAUCGCACAGCUCGUGCGUGCAGUUGCCGCGUGUGAUAGUGACAAAGCAGUACCCAAAGGGAUUGCGAGCAAAAUGGCCACGAGUUUGUUGAUGUCAAUAGUGUUGAUAAUGAUCGCAUCAUAUGGUUCAUAUGCACAAGGCCCCCAAGUUUACCGUGGCCGCGCACGUCUUUUCGUCGCCGACAACUUGGCGACGAAUCCCGCCAUCGUUGUCAUCGAUCUGCCUGGCUAUAACAUCUCGCAGCGCAUUCCACUUCCAGGCACUGUCCUACAACUGGGUGUUUCUGCCGAUAAUGCACAUGUCGGCGUCUUCCGCAACCGUGACAACAACCUGCAGUUUUUCUCUGUCAUCAACACUGGUAUUGUCCCUGUUCUGCCGGCGGCCGGCAACAGGACCGCGGCGCCCGCGCCCCUGAAGGCUGGUGAGCUCGGCCUCAUGCGGCCUGCAUUCUUGGCGAAGAGCGUUAUACUUGUAAACGGCAGCGACGCAAUCGGCGGGGUGGAGGGCGGCCAGGGUCUCGUUUAUCACGACGCCUGGGGGCUUCACCUUAUGUAUGCCGAGAACCAUGGCCGGGUCUUCGCGUACCGUGCGGACGACUUGAACGCUGUUGCAGCCUUCAGGCCAAACAUGACCUUCCUGGUGCCAGCUGGCCACUUUCAUGCCGUGCCGUACGGCAAUUUCAUGCUUGUUCCGCACGCCAAUGCGAGCAAGGCCUUUAUCCUGGAUCGUACGGCAAAGGUUGUAAGGGAGUACGCAUGCGCGGCUUGCGACGGCACAGCGACCUAUUUUGCAAAUGGGAGCGCCACGGCUGUGUUCGGCUGCGCUUCGUCAAUUCUAGUGGUGCGCAACACCUCGGCAACCGGCGUCCAGAUUCCUGUCACCAACCCGCGCAUUGAGGACUUUGUGGACGGUGUCCCAGGGGUCUUCUGGUCGGCGUCCUCCGCUUCCCAGAGAUUCUUUUGGAGGACUGACGUGCGCGCUGCCGCCCCACGGGUUACCAACGUGACCCACCGCGGCGGCGUGAUUCGCCUGGCCAGCCUGCCAACCCAGGGGCGCUUUGUGGCCCUUCAUAGGGAUGGCUUCCUCGUACUGUACGACGGUGCGUCUGGAGCUGCCCUCGCCGAAGUGCAGGUUCGCGCGGGAGGCUUCCUGGCCAACCAGACGACUCCGUACCUCCAGACUGACGUCCUGGGCGAGCACGUAUUCAUUGCCGUACCGGCCCUGGGUGUCGUCCAUUCAGUUCACGUGGACCAUGGUGGCCACGACCAUCACAACCACCAGCCGGGCGAGGUGAUGGACGAGCCGGAGCCACCAAGUAUGGUUCUGGAACGCACAUUGGCUGUGGGUGGUGCCCCGACUUCCAUGACGCUGGCAUACAUGCCGGGAGUAGUUGAAUUUGAUUGA